UUCUUCCCUCUUGAACAAUGAAACUACCAACAUGGGCAAUUGCACCUCAUGUUACUCCGGCAACUCCAACCCCAACGCCGUCACCGUCAAACUCAUCCUUUUAGACGGCCAACUUAGAGAAUAUUCAUCGCCGGUAAAGGUGUUCCUAGUGGCACCGCCGUUAACCGAUGAUUUCAGCUCAUUUAUUUGCAACUCCGAUGAGAUGGAUUUUGAUAAAUAUAUAACCGCCAUGAGAGAGGAGGAGGAGCUUCAUCUCGGUCAACUCUACUUUCAGCUGCCGGAAACUUGGUUUAAACGGCGGUUGACGACGGAGGAUAUGGCUUCGCUGGCGGUUAAAGCCGGCAAGGCGCUUAUGGUUAACGGUGAUGGUAAAGUGAUAUGUGGGUGUUGGGUUAAACGGGUUGAUCCCUUGGUGUUUUGUGAUGAUGAUCAUGAUGAGAUGACGUCAUCUGGCUGGAGUGCUAUCGGAAAGCACCGUCAUGGAGGCGGAGACCACCGUGGAGAUGGUAGUAAAGGGCGGAAGUUUACUAGGCUUGAAAUGAUAGCAGAGGAGUGAGGGUAGUUUGGUAAAUUACUGUAUGGGAUUGAUAUUGAUUCACUUUUUUUUAAUUGUAAUAUAAUGCAUUAAUUUUUGUAAAAAA